CUCCUUAUCGCCAUAUAAGGCCUGGAAAUCUCUUGGGAGUUUUGUAGACCUAGCCCUAGCUUUUAGGUCCAAUUAGGGUUUUUGAUUUCGAAGCUCAAAACUUGAACAGCAAGCUCGAAACUUUGAAGCUCAAGCCCAUUAGCUUCGUCUUCCACCUCCCGUUUCUGUUGCAGAAAUUCGAAUUUCUGGUUUAAUUCGGAAAUUAAAAAUUUCUGGAUUUGUUUCGCCGGGGGUUUCUCGGUCCUUUGUUUGAUUUACUCAGCUAGAGAUCUGUUAAUUGAGGAUUAUGACUUCUAUGGACAUUGACUCCCCUUCAACCCCUAUUAUGGCCAUUACUCCUGUAAUUCUUCCUGAUAACAAUGAAGCUCCCAUUUCCGAGGAGCAGCCCAAUAAACGCAGAAGAAAGAAGUCGAUUGUUUGGGAACACUUCACCAUAGAAACUGUUGGUGCUGGUUGUAUGAGGGCCUGUUGCAAGCAGUGCAAGAAAUCAUUUGCUUAUAUAACUGGUUCAAAGCUAGCAGGAACCAGCCACCUUAAGCGACACAUUGCCUUGGGGAUCUGUCCAGUAAGCCGUCAGAAAAAUGAAGCAUCCCAAGUGACGCCAGGUGUAAAAACUGAUCCACCUAAAAGACGCUAUCGAGCAACGCCUGGACUUGGAAGCAUUCCCUUUGAUCAAGAUCGUUGCAACCAUGAGAUAGCUAAGAUGAUUAUACAGCAUGAAUAUCCUCUGCACAUAGUGGAACAUCCUGGCUUCAUUGAUUUUGUCCGAACUCUUCAACCCCAGUUCAAUAUGGUGAGUUUCAACACCAUUCAAGGGGAAUGUGUGGCAAUAUACCUAAGGGAAAAGCAAAACCUGUUGAAUCUUUUCAGCGGGAUACCUGGACGAGUCAGCCUUACAUUGGAUUUAGGGAUCUCAAACUUUAAUAUUGGCUAUGCUUUUGUAACAGGACACUUCAUUGAUGAUGAGUGGAAUUUACAUCGCCGGGUCCUUAAUGUUGUCAUGCUUCCUUUUCCUGAUUCAGAUUAUGCCUUCAAUCAAGCUGUAGUGUCUUGCAUAUCUGAUUGGAAUUUGGAGAGCAGGCUAUUUACCCUUACCCUUGAUCAGUCCUUUUCAAAUGAAACUAUGGUAGGAAAUCUCAGAGGCCUUCUAUCUGUCAGAAAUCCACUCGUGUUGAAUGGUCAAUUGCUGAAAGGGAAUUGCUAUGCUCGUGUUUUAAGUCGUCUUGCACAAGAUGCAAUUGGUGCAAUGGGGGAAGUUACCAGGAGAAUCCGUGAAAGUGUGAAGUAUGUGAAAACCUCAGAUACACAUGAUGAAAAGUUUUCGGAGCUCAGGCAACAACUUCAAGUCCCUAGCACAAAAGAGCUCAUCAUUGAUGAUCAAACCAAAUGGAACACUACUUACCAAAUGCUGGUAGCUGCCUGUGAAUUAAAGGAAGUAUUUGCUUGCUUGGAUACCUCUGACCCUGUUUACAAGAUAAACCCAUCAAUGGAUGAUUGGAAGCAGGUGGAAAUUCUCUGCACAUAUUUGAAGCUUUUCUAUGAUGCAGCUUGCAUUUUAACUGGCCCAACAUAUCCUCCUGCUAAUGCAUUUUAUCAUGAAGUGUCCAAAAUUCAGCUAGAGCUGACACAUGCAGCCAUUAGUCAGGAUCCCUUUGUCAGCAACCUGACCAAACCUUUGAAAGAGAAGUUUGAUCAAUAUUGGAGGGACUGCUUUCUGGUUUUGGCAAUUGCUGUGGUAAUGGAUCCAAGAUUUAAGAUGAAGCUUGUUGAGUUCAGUUUUUCUAGGAUCUUUGGAGAGGAUGCUGGUAUGUGGAUCAAGAUUGUUGAUGAUGGGAUUCAUGAACUCUUUCUUGAAUAUCUCACACCAAAUCUUUCUUUAUCGACUUCUUUUAUGGAAGCAGAGGAUAUGGGUAUCUCCCGAUCAGAGAUUCUUCAAGAGGUACCUCCUCAAGAAUUAUCACCCCAGGAAGCAUGCUUUGAAGAAGUAUCCCUUCAUGUGGUGCACCCUGUGGAUGUGCCUUCCCAGGAACAGUCCCAAGGAGCAGCCCUUAAAGAUGUAAAGCCUGAAGUGGCUACUCCCCAAGUGCACCCUAAAGAAGAAUCUCCACUAGAUGCAUCAUCUCAAGUGAUACACCAUCAUCAUAAUGAAGUAGCCCAACAGGAGGUGCACGCCCAAGAAUUACCAAUGCAAGAGAUGCAGACACAGGAACUUCCUGUGCAGGAGAUGAAUACUCAAGAAAUGCCAGUGCAGGAGCUGCACUCUCAAGAAGCAUCAGUGCAGGAGAUGCACUCUCAAGAAGCAUCAGUGCAGGAGAUGCACACUCAAGAAGCACCAGUGCAGGAGAUGCACACUUAUGAAGGACCAUUGCAGGAGGUGCACACUCAAGUAGCACCAGUGCAGGAGGUGCACACUCAAGAAGCACCAGUGUCGGAGGUGCAGGAGAUGCACACUCAGGAAGAAUUGGUGCAGGAGGUGCACACUCAGGAAGCACCCGUGCAGGAGAUGCACACCCAGGAAGAAUUGGUGCAGGAGGUGCACACUCAGGAAGCACCAGUGCAGGAGGUGCACACUCAGGAAGCACCAGUGCAGGAGAUGCACACUCAAGAAGCACCAGUACAACAAGAAGUACCAUUGCAAGAUGCAGACACUCCUCAAGUACCUGCUGAAGAGGUCUCUGCUCAAGAGACACACACUCAAGCGGUGUCUGCUGAAGAGAUGAAUGCUCAAGAAGUGUCUGCUGAAGAGAUGAAUGCUCAAGAAGUGUCUGUUGAAGAGAUGAAUGCUCAAGAAGUGUCUGUUGAAGAGAUGAAUGCUCAAGAAGUGUCUGUUGAAGAGAUGAAUGCUCAAGAAGUGUCUGCACAAGAGAUGCACACUCAAGAAGUACCACCUCAAGAAAUGCAAGUUGAAGAUCUUUCUCAAGUGAUGCAUUCUCAAGAAGUACCAGCCCAAGAGAUGCACCCCCCAGAAAUGGUGGCUGAAGUGCACAGUCAAGAACUGAUGUCUCAAGAGAUGCACAUGUCAGAAUCACACACACUGCAGCACCCUCCAGAAUCACAGACCCAGGAGAUGCACCUUCCAGAAUCACUGGCCCAGGAGAUGCACCCUCCAGAAUCACAGACCCAGGAGAUAAACACUACAGAUCCACGACCCCAGGCAAUGCACCUUCAAGAAGUACAAACCCAUGAGAUGCAUUCUCAGGAUGCCCAGAAUCAUGAUGUACACUCUCAAGAAGUACAGACUAAUGAUUUUCACUCUCAAGCAUUACAGGAUCAUGGAAUGCACAUUCAAGAAACAGAGAUUCACAGUAUUCACUCUCAAGAAGCACAGACCCAUGAGAGCCUUCGUCAAGAAGCAAUGAGUCAAGAGAUGCACCAGCAAGAGUUUUCCCAAGAGAUGCACCAUCACGCUCUCUCUCAAGAGAUACAGCCUUAUGAAGGGCACCAUCAAGAUUUACCUCUGCUAUCUAUUGGAGACGGGCUUUCAGAUUUUGAUGUGUAUAUCUCCGAGAUUUCAAAUAGCCAACACUUGAAAUCAGAAUUGGAUCAGUAUCUGGAGGAGUCUCUUUUGCCUAGGGUACAAGAGUUUGAUGUGUUGGGUUGGUGGAAACUAAACAAACUGAAGUACCCGACUCUAUCCAAGAUGGCUGCUGAUAUUUUGUCAAUACCAAUUUCUACUGUUGAUCCUGAUUCUGUAUUUGACACUGGAAGUAAAAAGAUAGACAGCUACCGGAGUUCAUUGCGACCUGUGACACUCGAAGCCCUUGUUUGUGCUAAGGAUUGGCUCCAAUAUGCACCAUCGGCAUUGUCAAUGGAGACUUCUAAUGCAAUUGUUAAAAUGGAAUAUUAGGUUUGUAAGAACCGAUUUUCAUCCUACGGGUAGAUACUUUGACUUGCUUUUCUAGGUUUGUGAUUUUAGUUUUGUAUUUUUCAUUUCUACUCUUAUUAUGAGAUGCUACUGUUAGGAUUUUGUUUUGCUGCUGGAGGAAUUGUGUCGAUAUUUGGAUUCAGGAAUCACUGUGACUCUACAUUUUCUUGUAUGGGGUUCUGAUAUGCAGCUUUCUCCCGUUGUUGGGCGUUAUUUCCCUCGUA